CCACGAGAUGGAGGGCCUCCUCCUCGCCCACGAUCGCAUCGCCAACCACACCGACGGCACGCCCUCGCCCACGCCCACGGCCACGCCCUCCUCGCCAGCGGUGGGCGGUGGAUCCGACCACAGCAGUCCCAUUGCGGGCAUCAAGCAGCGGAACCUCGGGAUGGUGGUGCCGCCGCCGGUGGUGCCGCCGCCGCCACCGCUGGCGCAACGCGGUGCGAUGCCACUGCCGCGCGGCGAGUCCCCGCCACCGCCACCACUGCCAGGGGUCGGGGGAUGCCGACCGAUGGCGAUGUCCAUGCCGGUGACGCUGCCGAUGAGCGCGUGCUUCGGGACGCUGAACGACCAGAACGACAACAUCCGGAUCAUCCAGAUCGAGAAGUCGACGGAGCCGCUGGGCGCCACCGUGCGCAACGAGGGCGAGGCGGUGGUCAUCGGCCGGAUUGUGCGCGGCGGGGCGGCGGAGAAGUCGGGUCUGCUGCACGAGGGGGACGAGAUCCUGGAGGUCAACGGGCAGGAGCUGCGCGGCAAGACGGUGAACGAGGUGUGCGCUCUGCUGGGCGCCAUGCAGGGCACGCUCACCUUCCUCAUUGUGCCGGCGGGCAGUCCGCCGUCGGGCGGAGUGAUGGGCUCCACCACGGGGAGUGGAUUAUCCGGAUUGGGAGGCGGAGGAGGAGGGGCACACCGCGACACGGCCGUGCUGCAUGUGCGGGCGCACUUCGACUACGAUCCGGAGGACGAUCUGUAUAUACCGUGCCGGGAGCUGGGCAUCAGCUUCCAGAAGGGCGACGUGCUGCACGUGAUCAGCCGCGAGGAUCCCAACUGGUGGCAGGCGUACCGCGAGGGCGAGGAGGACCAGACGCUGGCCGGCCUCAUUCCUAGUCAGUCGUUCCAGCACCAGCGCGAGACCAUGAAGCUGGCCAUCGCCGAGGAGGCGGGCCUGGCGCGAUCGCGCGGCAAGGACGGAUCGGGCAGCAAGGGGGCCACGCUGCUCUGUGCCCGCAAGGGGCGCAAGAAGAAGAAGAAGGCCAGCUCCGAGGCGGGGUAUCCCCUGUACGCCACCACCACGCCGGAUGAAACGGACCCGGAGGAGAUCCUCACCUACGAGGAGGUGGCCCUGUACUAUCCCCGCGCCACCCACAAACGGCCCAUCGUGCUCAUCGGUCCCCCGAACAUCGGCAGGCACGAGCUGCGCCAGCGCCUGAUGGCCGACUCCGAGCGAUUCUCCGCCGCAGUGCCACACACAUCACGUGCCCGCCGGGAAGGCGAAGUGCCCGGAGUGGAUUACCACUUCAUCACGCGACAGGCCUUCGAGGCGGACAUCCUGGCACGCCGCUUCGUGGAGCACGGCGAGUACGAGAAGGCCUACUACGGCACCUCACUGGAGGCCAUUCGCACCGUGGUGGCCAGCGGCAAGAUCUGCGUGCUCAACCUGCAUCCGCAGAGCCUCAAGCUGCUGCGUGCCUCCGAUCUGAAGCCGUACGUGGUGCUGGUGGCGCCGCCCAGCUUGGACAAGCUUCGCCAGAAGAAGCUGCGCAACGGCGAACCCUUCAAGGAGGAAGAGCUCAAAGACAUCAUUGCCACGGCCAGGGACAUGGAGGCCCGCUGGGGCCACCUGUUCGACAUGAUCAUCAUCAACAACGACACGGAGCGCGCCUACCAUCAGCUGCUGGCCGAGAUCAACUCGCUGGAGCGGGAGCCCCAAUGGGUGCCCGCCCAGUGGGUGCACAACAAUCGCGACGAGUCAUAAUGGGGUGGCCGCUGGCCAGCCCCACAUCCACACUUCCCCCAUGGGAUCCACCGCCUAGAACCUACAACCCUCCCCCCACCCAGCAAAAGAAAAACAAAAAGCGAACCCAACUCUUUGUAAAUACAAUUUUCAAUUGAGCCAUGAAGCGGAGAGCAGGAUCAUCGAUUCCAGUCCAGUAGUUCGGUUUGCCUGCCGAUGCGAUUAACCCCCACUCCUCCAAUCCCCCUCCAAUAUUAUACAUAUAUAUAUAUAUAUAUUUAUACUAUUCGUUGCGUAUGUGCAUUUUAGUGUUAGAGCGAGAGGUUUUAAAGUGUAUCCCCGCCUGUUUCGAAAGCAUUCCAGCCAGCCAACCCAACCCACUUUAUGUAUGUUCACAAAAUUCGUUGUUCGAUGCGGUGAUGCCGCAGAAAAAAUCAUUAGCACUUUCAGUGGCAUUGCCGUUUACUAUUUUAUUUUAAUUUUUUUUUUAUAUACAACUACCACUUAUUUAUACAUAUAUUGUAAACGUGUAUUUUUUUGUUUAAACUAAGCUUGAGCACUUCCUUAAUUUCAAGGGGCAAAUUGAAAUUGUAAAAUAACGAUGAGCGAGAAGUGGAAGGAAGGAAGGAAGGAAGGCCAGAAUCGAUAUGAUAUGAUGUGGUACCCAAUAAAAUGUGUAAUAAUACCCAUUAAGCGACUCCCGAGUGUUGACAUCGCCCGGAUAAAGAUUCAGAUACAGAUACAGAUUAAAAAGAAUGAGAUGCAGAAGCAGAUGCAAGUGUUGCAAUUACGUAAUCUAUUUACUUUAUAAAAUAUAUACUAUACGGAUAUACAUACACAUAAAUUAUAAAUCGAAGCGUACUUAAUACAAUUAAUUUUUAACAAAACGAAUGCAAGAGCAAAGCGAUAAGCGAUAAAAUAAAAACAGAACCGUUCAAAAGAGAAACAACAAAAUCAGUAAGUCAUUGCCAAAAAAACAAAAGAUGAGAAAUAAUAAUAAAUAAUAAAUGGGAGCUAGACGAUGACGAAGUGUUAGGAGAAUCACUUAGAGAGCGAAAUUGUUAAAAACAAAAACAAAAACCGAAACGGAAUAGGAAGAGGAAGAGGAGAAAAACAAAAAAUAUUUAGCCAACUUUAAGCACUGUAAGAUAAUGGAGAACCCAAUAAACGAAUGCAACUGGGAGGAUGGCAAAAACAAAAAAAAAAACGCAUUAAGCUAAGGCAUCAAAAACAAAACAGAAACAGAAACAGAAAAACAAAUGAAUUUCCAAGUAAAUGUUGUUGUAAUUAAUUAUUUAAACCAAUUCGUCUAGAGAACAGGGAGGGCGGGAGAAAUCGUUGGUUUCAACUCCAACCACAACUAACUAACUAGCGAGCCGACAUAUGUAGUUGCGAUACGAAAAAUGUAACAUGCAUAUAGAAACCUAUUCAGAUUCCAUUGGAGAAGCCAAAUGCAGAAUUUUAUAUUAAAAACAAAGUGUGGGUCAAGUAAAUAGCAAACUAUGUUACGCAAUGUUAAACACUUGAAAAACUCUAAAGUGAAUGAUAUCGAAAUAUACCUAAAUAUACAUAUAAAGGUCCUCCUCUUUGGUUCCAUUUCGAUUCAUUAUGGCGGAAUCUGGAUAGAUCAUAUCUUAUCUUUGAUUGCAAAUGUAUUUUCGGGAAUCGAAUUUGAAUAAACUGAAUCGAAAUUGGAACUGGGAAUGGGGACGAAUAAUAAUAAAAUUCGAAAAUAUAUAUUUUUUUUUUUGUAGUCAACAAGGUAUAAAAAUGUGUGUGCAGUAAAUCUGUUUAAGUUUUUAUUUAUGUAUGUGUGUGGUGUAGCAAAACUAAACUAAAUACGAAACAAAUACCUAAAGAAAAACAAAACGGAUUACAAAAUAGGCACGGUUUAAUAGCCAUUGUACGAAAUUAACGACAUUUAUGAGUAACCCUAACGCAAGAAUGCGGACAAAGUCAGAUGAAAUAACAAUAUUAAUAAUAAUAAUAAAAAAAAAAAACGAAAAACAAAGAAAUAUAAAAUAUAA